CAGCGCCAUCUGACGUAGCUGAUUGAAUGACCCCAUUCCAGUACACAAAUUCCAGUGCCUCGUUUUUAAAGCUGCCUCUAAUCUUUCGUUACGCAGAAUGAAGUAGUGGGAACAGAAACAUUAUGGCUGCCAGUCUUUCCCUGACUCAGCUCUCAAGUGGAAAUCCUCUCUAUGACAAAUACUAUCGACAGGUUGACCCGUCUGGUAGUGGACGGGUGGCAGCUGCUGAUGCAGCCUUGUUCCUGAAGAGAUCAGGCCUGGCAGACCUCGUCCUGGGCAAGAUCUGGGAUUUGGCAGAUUCAGAUCGCAAGGGGUGCCUUAACGAUCAGCAAUUCUUCAUUGCUCUCCGGUUGGUGGCCUGUGCUCAAAAUGGACUGGAGGUGGCACUCAAGAGUCUCAAUUUGGCAGUUCCUCCCCCAAAGUUUCAUGACACAAGCAGCCCACUUCUACCUGGGGGAGUGUCCAUUGACAGCCCAUGGGUGGUCAAGACGGAAGAGAAGCUGAAAUUUGAUGCCAUAUUCGAAAGCCUCUCCCCCGUUGGUGGAAUGCUCUCUGGGGAGAAGGUCAAACCAGUGUUGCUCAAUUCCAAACUUCCAGUGGAUGUACUGGGAAGGGUAUGGGAACUCAGUGACCUAGACAGAGAUGGUAUGCUCGACCGAGAUGAGUUUGCUGUGGUCAUGUACCUGGUCUACAGAGCUCUGGAGGGGGAGCCCAUACCCAUGUCUCUGCCUACUACCCUUGUGCCACCCUCCAAGAGGAAAAAGCUCCCUGUCUCUGUACCCCCUGUGAUGCCCCUUUUACCCUCGCCCCCCUCCAUCAAAGAGAGACGCUCCUCCCAUUCCGGGUCCAAAACCCUGCCCUCCAAACCAGCAGCGACCCCAGUCACAUGGGCUGUAUCUCCUCCAGACAAAGCCAAGUAUGAUGAGGUUUUUGCAAAGACCGAUCUUGACAUGGAUGGUCUGGUGUCUGGGCCUGAAGUCCGAGAUAUCUUCCUAAAGACUGGCUUGCCCUCCGCCACACUAGCACACAUCUGGGAGCUCUGUGACAUUGGGGACAUAGGGAAGCUUACCAGGGAACAGUUUGCACUAGCGCUGCAUCUAAUUAACCAAAAACUGACCAAGGGUGUGGACCCACCCCAGAACCUCUGUCCUGAAAUGAUCCCUCCCUCAGACAGACUAAGCGUUGCAGCCAAGCAGAGCAAUGCAGCAAAUCUGGCAGCAGACUUUUCUGCCAUCAAGGAACUGGACUCGCUCAGCAAUGAGAUUGUAGAUCUACAAAAGGAGAAGAGCUCUGUAGAACAGGACAUUAAUGAAAAGGAGGAGCGCGUCAGAGAAAGGACCAGUGAAGUCCAGGAGUUGCAGAAUGAGGUGCAGAAGGAGAGCGGGGUACUGCAGCGGCUGCAGUCUCAGCGCCAGGAGGUCCAGGAUGCUCUGGAAGAGCUGGACCAGCAGAAGACCACUCUGGAGGAGCAGCUUGGUCACAUCCGCCAGCAGUGCAGCCAUGAGAACCAGCUGAUCUCAUCACUAGAGGUGGAGCACGCGGAGCAGGAGCAGAGGAUAGAGGAGUACGAGGAGCAGCUGGUGCAGGCCAGAGAGGAGCUGCUGCGGCUGCAGGAGGAGACUCAGCAUUUGGAGGAGAAGGUGCAGGCAGCGCGGGAGCAGCUCACCCCCUUGCAGGAGUCUGUCCGAGACUCCUUCUCUCAGGUCUCUCAGGUGGAGCAAAAGCUGAGUGAUCUACAGUUGGAAGAGAGGACAGUCACAUCCCAGCUCAGCUGGAAGAAGGCCCUAGAGGAGGAUCCAGUGCUGGUGAAUGGUUCAGCGGAUGAGCAGCAUCAGGAGGACCAGGCAGAGGAGCUGAGAGUGGAGCCACCAGCCAUCCAGCCACAGAUGGGUCCGGCUGAACCGAGAGAAGAACAGAUAGAAGUAGUGAAGGAGGACAGGUCUAAGACCCCAGAGGAACCGGUGCCUAAGUCUGAUGCCUUCGAAGACCUCUAUAACAGCCUGUCUUCCACUACCUGGCCAGUACUACAGGACAACCCUGUGAAGGAGCACAUUAGUCCUGUUGCUUUCACUCUCCAGGAGCAGAGAAGUCCUACUUCUGAAGUUGAGCAGGUGGAAUCCCCAGAGCCAGAGGGGAGACCAGAGUCAACUGAGCCUCCGCAGGCUACCCCGCCUGCCCUGCCCCCACAGACCACUCCCCCUCCACUCCCUGCCCAGCCUACCAUGUCCCCAACGACCAGCCCCCCUCCGCUCCCUGGCAUGGACUUCUUCCAGUCAGACCCCUUCAUUGACCAUGAUCCAUUUAAAGAUGAUCCGUUUGGAAAGGCAGAUGUUUCCUAUCCGUUUGGUGGAGACCCGUUUAAGGGCACAGACCCCUUUGCUGCUGACUCCUUCUUCAAGCAGUCUUUGGCAGCCCCCUUCCCUUCUGCUGACUCCUUCACCCUCGCCGACCCCUUCAGUGGGAGUGCCAGCCUAGCAGAGCCCAAUCUGUUUGCCGCUCCGCUCAACAAUGCUGCCGGAAUGGACCCCUUCAGCUCCAAACCCCAAAACAAGGCAGCCAGGGACCCAUUCAGUGCCAAGGUCAACAAUGUGGAUGCGGAUCAGUUUGGAUCCAAAAUCGACUCCCUGGCAGAGCCAGAUCCGUUUGGCUCGCAGGGCACCGCAGGCCCAGAUCCCUUCAGCUGCUCCCAGCCAGGAUCUGAGCUCCCCACCAAGGAUCUCACUGCAGCAACUAAUGACCCUUUUGCACCUGGAGGCACUGCAGUAAAUACUGGCUCUGACCCAGAUCCAUUUGCUGCCGUCUUUGGCAAUGAGUCAUUUGGACUUGGAUUUGCAGACUUCAGCGCACUGGCCAAGUCGAACAGUUGUGACCCCUUCGCCUCAUCGAACCCGUCCAACAACAAGAACCUGUUUAAGGAGGACAGCCAGCCCAGCAGCCCAGAUGUUCCGCCAGCUUUGCCCCCCAAGACGGGAACGCCCACCAGACCUCCCCCUCCACCUCCAGGUAAGAGAUCCUCCAUCUCCAGAUCAGAGUCGUCGGAGUCUUUCCACAGACGGGGACCAUUUCUGCCCCAGGGCUCAGGAGAUCCCCCUUUCUCCCAACCUGCCAAGGACACUGCCCAGGACCCCUUCGCCCCAUCCUCACCCCGCCAGCCUGCACGGGACCUUGACCGAUUUGCCAGCUUUGACAAACAGCAGUACCCUACCGAGGAGGACAUGAUUGAGUGGGCGACGAGGGAGAGUGAGCGGGAGGAGAAGGUGCGCUUGGCCAGACAGGCACAACAGGAACAAGAGGAUCUGGAGCUGGCCAUUGCCCUGAGCAAGUCAGAGUUCUCCUGAAAGACUCUGGUCAACCCUUGUGACCCAGCACGCACCAAAGGAAGGAAGGAAGGAGUGAGGGAUGGGGAAAACUGAACUAAAGGGCCUACUAUUCGGUCCCAAUGAAGAUAUUUGAGUAUUUGCUCCUCGCUCCUACCCACCCACCAACCCCCACAAUUCCACCAACUGUCUUUUGUUUCACUCACAAUUGGCAUUUUCAUAGUUUGUCUAUGUAAUAACAAAUCUUCAUGUUUGUUAUUUUUGGUGUUUGGCUGAGUAGUGGGUAUAGAGAUGAUUGGCUGUAAGACUUCAGUAGUCGUCCUGAUACAAUCCCCAUGUCUAUACUGUAUGUGUAGCUGUAAUGUCCCCUCAUUUCAACUACACAGACCACAUUGCUAAUAACCAACUGCAAAAGUUCAGUCCCCAUCUGCAUUGCUCUUGCCUGCUCCAGACCAGAUGGUAUUGAGCUCCUUUAAAAAAGAUAUUGACUUUAUAUGAUUAACUCUAACAAGAUAGGAAAAGAGUAAUGUUCAUCUAAUUCAUCUGGGUGAAAACCAAUGUCAAAUUGGAAUCCAUAUGUGAUCAAGCGUUGCCUGGGGCAAGUGACCUGAGUAGUUGUGCAAGUUGACUGCUCUCUGGUUGCCCCAUUGAUGACAACCCUAAAUGCAAAAAAUUCCAGUAGUCUGGUCUUUCUGGUUCCUCACGUGUGUAGGUAAAAAAGGCUACUUUACAUUUUGAUCAUAGUCUUUGUGCAAACCAGAAAAUACUCCUGACUUGCCCAAUGGGUGCCUUUUCAGACCUUAAUGUCAAUCUCUGUCAUUCAUCAGGCUAUACACCAGACAUCUACAGUACAGAGUGAAUUGGAUUUCAUGGCUGGGGUGAGAUCUUGCUUGUUUAAAAAAAACAAUGUUCUUAGAUGACCUGACGUAUGUCCUUACGUCAAGGUCUACCAAAUUAAAUGAAUUAGCGUUUUAUGAGUAGAGUAGCAGAAGUCAAAUGAUCCAGAUGGUUGAAAUGGCUAAGAGGACAUCUGUAUUCAGAUAAACACUAAUGUGUGAAUGACUCCGUGCAUUAGGCAAUUGUGAUGGUCAGACUACUUCAACUACAGUUAACGUGAUUGAAUUAGUGCAUAUAGUUCUAAUGACACUACUUACUACUAGUUGUUAACCUUUUGCUCAACUCUCUUCAAAGUACCCUUUAUUAAUAUUUAUGUGCCAAACACCAGGCAGUGAACAAGACUCCCAUGGUUGUACAGGUGCUAAAAAGAACUAAACCAGUAAAACCACUUAUGUCCAAACCUGUGCAUGUAGCCCCAAAUGUAGGCCACUUUUAAUGAUCUUGAUAUAUAAUCUGCCCCUCCCAACACUACGCACCAAUACAGUCAAAAGAUGAAGAACAUGACUAAACUAUUUUAUUUUGUGGUUCAUGAAGUAAUGUUGUGUUAAAUAUCAGAUCAAGAUUUUGGAAAGUAGGUCGGUUGUACAGGAAUAUUAUUGAAAUGUAUUUUAAGUUGAAAGAUAUAAUGAUUGAAUUGUUAGCUAGAAACUUGGAAACAUGUGUGAAAAUACUUCCUACUAGAAUAGCUGGUUUUGCCAUCUUCUGUAAUGUCUGUUUCCAAAUGUCACUAUAAUCUACAACAUAUGACACCUUGUCUCAUCUCUUUAGAGAUGCAAUAGUUUAGUCAUGUAUUCUGGAUAAAGGAGUUUUUCCUGUACUCUUGCUUAGAAAUACUCCUGGCCCCACUAUGGAAAAUUCUCCCUUGUUUUAUAUACACUGCAUUUUCAACACGUCUAGUUUUAGGUGAAUACAGCUGUCAGUAGGAGGUUCCGUUGUAAAGCAAAUGGCUGUCGCUGCUCAUGUUAGUGUUGUAAAGCUACGCAUCUUUUUUUGUGUGUGUUUUUCACUGAAGUGAUUCCACAGUGUUUGACUGCAUUUCAAAGUCUUAACUGACUGAGGAAAGUAUCCUUUGCCUGUUUGUACAAAGGCUGUUCUUCUGUCUGAACUUCAGUCACUUGGGGGGGGGUUACUUACAAAGCCCUGUUGUGUUGGCAAGGAGAGGCCGAAUUGGGGGUGAAAUUAAAUUAAGGCAUGUUAACAUCUCAAAGCAUACCAUUAAAUGUUUUUUUUGUUUGGUUAUUUGUUUUCAGAUGAAAUGAGACUGUCACUAAUCAAGAGGGCUAUACUGUGAACGUACACUGUUGACGAGGGAAAGAUAAGGCGCUGGAGUGAUAUGGGCUGACUGUUUUCUGACCAAUGCACAACUUCUCCUGCUUUUCAUCCAGGUUGUUUGAGUUCAUCAGUAGAGAGCAUUCUGUAAAUGAGCUUUGUGGUCAGUUAUGACUUUCUAGUGUUUUUCAUUCAAUACAUGGUUCUGUUUGUAAAUACAAUGGAGUUGUCCAUUCUCCUGAGACAGCGGUUUCUUUUAUACCCUCAUCUAGUAUUUAAAGGCUAUCAAAUACUAUUGAUCAUUUGUAUAGACUUCUCUAUUUUCAAAUUACAAACCACUUUUCUUUCUAGGCCGUCUACGUAUAGGCUUUUAAAAACGGGCUAAUUGUAGGCCUAUUUUAGUUAAAUUUAAACAUGUCAGUAUUGGGAGUUAUGGUCAGAAUAUGGUAUGUGCAACAUUUUAAUUGAAAACAGAAUAAUAAAUAUAAACGUCUCGAACAACA